GCUGAUUAAUCAGAAUAAUCACCACCCCUUCUUCUCCGUCAGCUUUUCCUGCCCCCCCCCCCUUCGAGUCUUCGACUAGAAAUACGGCACGCAUCUCUAGACCUCAGCCUCUUCAUAUGCUCUCCACACGCCUUCUUCCUUCAGAACACCACCAUUGCUCAUCACCCAUCAUUCUCAUCGAUACGCCGGGGAAGAACUAAGAAGUGCGCAUAAGCAAAAGUCAUGUAUAUGAAUCACGCCUCGCUCUUGCGCAUCUCAUCCGCUUCCUUGUGCCGCCCUCGGUUGUUCCCUUCGUCAACGUUCUCUCUGCAUCGGCCAUCGCCUUCGCUCUAUCAGCGCCAGUCUCGGCCGCUCAGUUUCACCUCGGCUUUUAGGUCGCUUCGUUGCUCCGCGCCGAGGUGGAGCCACGGCGUUGGCUGGAAAUCACCUGCUAGCCUCACUUCUCAGAUCAGGGCCGCCGCCCCCGUUUUCACCGAGUUCCAUCGGAAGAUCGCUUCCAUGGCAUCAGAAAAUCCAUUUAAGGGAAUCUUCACAAGUCUCCCUAAGCCUGGAGGUGGAGAAUUCGGAAAGUUCUAUAGCUUGCCAGCUCUCAAUGAUCCUCGAAUCGAUAAGCUACCAUACUCAAUUAGGAUCCUUCUUGAAUCUGCUAUUCGCAAUUGCGAUAACUUUCAAGUGACAAAGGAAGAUGUUGAGAAGAUUAUUGACUGGCAAAACACUGCUCCUAAGCUAGUGGAAAUACCCUUUAAGCCGGCCCGCGUGUUGUUACAAGAUUUUACUGGGGUCCCAGCAGUUGUUGACCUUGCUUGCAUGCGUGAUGCCAUGAAUAAGCUAGGAAGUGAUUCCAACAAAAUCAACCCCUUGGUUCCAGUGGAUCUUGUUAUCGAUCACUCAGUUCAAGUGGAUUUUACAAGGUCAGAAAAUGCAGUUAAGGCUAAUAUGGAGCUCGAGUUCCAGAGGAACAAGGAGAGAUUUGCCUUCCUAAAAUGGGGUUCUAAUGCUUUCUCUAAUAUGCUCGUUGUCCCCCCUGGUUCUGGAAUUGUCCACCAGGUGAAUCUUGAGUACCUUGGGCGAGUUGUCUUCAACACUGACGGUGUACUUUAUCCCGAUAGUGUGGUUGGAACAGAUUCCCAUACGACUAUGAUUGAUGGACUAGGUGUUGCUGGCUGGGGUGUUGGUGGUAUUGAAGCCGAAGCAGCCAUGCUUGGCCAGCCAAUGAGUAUGGUGUUGCCUGGAGUUGUUGGCUUCAAGCUAUCAGGACAUUUACAGAAUGGUGUGACAGCGACAGACUUGGUUUUAACUGUUACUCAAAUGCUUAGGAAACAUGGUGUUGUUGGAAAGUUUGUUGAAUUCCAUGGUGAUGGUGUUGGUAAGUUAUCAUUGGCUGAUAGAGCAACCAUUGCUAACAUGUCUCCUGAAUAUGGUGCCACAAUGGGAUUCUUUCCCGUAGACCAUGUGACCUUGCAGUACCUAAAAUUGACUGGGAGAAGUGAUGAAACAGUUGCAAUGGUUGAAGCAUAUCUUCGUGCGAAUAACAUGUUUGUUGAUUAUAAUGAGCCUCAACAAGAAAGAGUAUACUCAUCUUCCUUGCAACUAGACCUUGCAGAUGUGGAACCGUGCUUGUCUGGGCCGAAGAGACCACAUGACCGGGUGACACUUAAAGACAUGAAGUCUGAUUGGCACUCUUGCCUUGAUAAUAAAGUGGGAUUUAAGGGAUUCGCUGUGCCAAAGGACGCCCAAGAAAAGGUGGCCAAGUUUUCCUUUAAUGGACAGCCUGCAGAGCUCAAGCAUGGUAGUGUUGUGAUUGCUGCUAUUACAAGCUGCACAAAUACCUCGAAUCCCAGUGUUAUGCUUGGUGCUGGGCUUGUUGCUAAAAAGGCUGCUGAGCUGGGCCUUCUUGUAAAGCCAUGGAUUAAGACAAGCCUUGCUCCUGGAUCCGGUGUUGUUACAAAAUAUUUGCUUCAGAGCGGUCUGCAGAAAUAUUUGAAUGAGCAAGGGUUCAACAUUGUUGGAUAUGGCUGCACAACCUGCAUUGGCAAUUCCGGUGAUCUGGAUGAGGCAGUUGCUUCUGCAAUAUCAGAAAAUGAUAUUGUUGCAGCCGCAGUUCUUUCUGGUAACCGGAAUUUUGAGGGCCGUGUUCAUCCAUUGACACGGGCCAAUUACCUUGCUUCACCUCCUUUAGUGGUUGCCUAUGCACUUGCUGGCACGGUUGAUAUUGACUUUGAGAAAGAACCGAUUGGGGUGGGGAAGGACGGUAAGGAUGUGUAUUUUAGGGAUAUCUGGCCAACAACAGAGGAAGUUGCUGAGGCUGUCCAGUCCAGUGUAUUACCUGACAUGUUCAAGAGCACAUAUGAAGCCAUCACAAAUGGGAACCCUAUGUGGAAUCAAUUAUCUGUCCCAGAGUCCAAACUGUAUUCAUGGGACCCUAAUUCUACAUACAUCCACGAGCCACCAUAUUUCAAAGGCAUGACGAUGGAUCCUCCGGGGGUCCAUGGAGUGAAAGACGCAUAUUGCUUGUUGAACUUUGGUGAUAGUAUCACGACAGAUCAUAUCUCGCCAGCUGGGAGCAUUCACAAGGACAGUCCGGCUGCCAAGUUCCUCCUUGAGAGAGGUGUUGACCGCAAGGACUUCAACUCUUAUGGAAGCCGAAGAGGUAAUGAUGAGAUUAUGGCGAGGGGUACAUUCGCCAAUAUACGCAUUGUGAACAAGUUGUUGAAUGGUGAAGUUGGGCCAAAGACCGUUCACGUCCCCUCUGGAGAGAAACUCUCCGUGUUUGAUGCUGCAAUGAAAUACAUGUCUGAAGGAAAGGACACUAUCAUAUUGGCAGGGGCAGAGUAUGGAAGUGGUAGCUCUAGAGAUUGGGCCGCCAAGGGUCCGAUGUUGUUGGGAGUGAAAGCAGUUAUAGCGAAGAGCUUUGAGAGGAUUCAUCGGAGUAACUUAGUUGGAAUGGGGAUCAUUCCUCUGUGUUUCAAGGCUGGAGAGGAUGCUGACUCACUUGGGCUGACUGGGCAUGAGCGUUACACGGUCGACCUUCCAUCCAGUGACAUCCGUCCAGGGCAGGAUGUGACUGUUAGGACAGACAACGGCAAAACUUUUACUUGCACCGUCCGCUUUGAUACUGAGGUGGAGUUGGCGUAUUUUGGGCAUGGAGGCAUUCUCCCAUACGUUAUUCGCCAAUUGAUCAAGCAGUGAAGUUAUAAGGAUUUGGUGCUGAUGCUUUGUAAAACAUGAAAGAAAAUAAAGGAGAAUACAUCAUACCCACCCCACACCCACAUAUUGAGCAGCAAACUACUCCCGGGUGUUUCUUUGCCAAUGAAUUAAUUGAUGUUGCAAUUUUGUUACUAAUAAUUAACCAAUUUCUUCACUCCUCUACCCCAUUGGUAUCAGAGUGAAACUGUAGUAACAUUUAAUCAUUAUGGGUUUGAAUUCAACUUCUCAGAAUAGUAACAUUUUUUCUUGUUUUUUGUUUUUUCAAAAUAGAUGAAACAUGCUUGAUUGUGACAGCCACAGAAAAGGUUCUUGAUGGAUAGUGUACCCGGGGGUAGCUUAUCCGAGGGGUUAUUGCGGAGAAUAACUAGAGAGAAGUCAGAGCAAAUAAGUAAGAGAGAGAGUGUAUAUUCGAUAUGUAUUAAGCGUGGUUUACAAUGGAGGAAAAGGGGUGCUAUUUAUAAUAGUAAUAAAUGCUAGAUAAAGACACGUGUCAGUUGUCUGGUGGUCGAGGGGUCACCUCGAUCGGGUUGCACUUGCAUUCACAUGUGGCCGCAUUAAAUGCGAUGGUUGGAUGUGACGUUUGUACUUGAUACGGUGAUCCAGGCGCACGUGAAGAGGAUAUUCUGUUGAGAUGGGUGUCUUCGGUUGAAGGGUGCUGGGACGAAGGCUCUUCUAACCGAGGGCUCCUACCUGUCGAGGGCUGCAGGUGCCGAAAGGUUGGUUUUCAAGCCUUGUUCUCCUGUGAUGCCUCUGAGCUCGAUUCCGUCACUGGUAGCCUUCGGCCAUGGGGCCGAAGGCACCCUUUGCGUAUUGUGGACUGCUUAGAGCUCCAUUUUGCCGGGCUUGGCCCGUUUGGGUCUGAUUGUAGUAGAAUAAGUAUGUGAGCCGGGGGUCUCUGGGCCAUAUACUCCAUCAGCUCUACAGCUCUACAGUUACAAAACCAAACAAGAUACAAAAACUAUGUAGGCGGAAGAGUAAGAGAUAAUAAGGCUUUCUUUGCAAACACUACUCGUAAGUUGCUUUUGAACGUUUUAAAGUGAUUUUGAAAAAAAAUGAUUAAUAGUAAAAGUUGGUAGUAUUUGAGAAAAAAUUGAUUUUAAAAAGGUAAAGUUGGUAGUGUUUGGUAAAAUAAGUGUUUUUUGUGUAAUAGAAAUCGUAAAAAACAGAUUCUAGCUUUGAACUUUUAGUAUUAAUUUAAGUAGAAGUUGUCACUUGAAAACACUCUUUUUAGCUUUUAAGUCAAAAAAGGUGGGAAGUAAUUUUUUUCAAGUGUUUGCAAACAAAGUCUAAAAGAAAAAUUCAUAAAAUAUUCCGUAUUUAAAUACAAAGCAAUUAUAUUUAAAAUAUUUACUAUUUUAUUAAUUAAAAUAAAAGGGAAUUAAUUAACAUGCAAGUAGACUAAAAGACAAGCAACGAAGGCCGUAAAAUAUUUCGUGGUCGCAUGACUCAAGAUAUCGCAAAAGUUAAGUGCGUGAAGGAUGUCAAUCAAAUGAUAUUAAUGGAGGAUGGAGAAUGAAAGAGAGGUGGAGGUCAUACUUUCAUACACUAUUCAACGGGAACAAAGUGCAAGAUAUCGGCAAUUUGAUCAUACCAGAUUGUAUGGUAAAUCUGAUUUUGUGAGAAGGAUCCAAACAACAGAAUUUAAAGAAGCUAUGAAGAAGAUGAGGCGGAAUAAAAUAGUGGGUCCAGAUGACAUAUCGAUCGAGGCUCAGAGAAGUUUGGGAGAGAGGCGUCGAGUGGUUAACAAAUUUCUUCAACAUGAUUUGGAGAAACAACAAGAUGCCAAUGAGUUGGAGGAAUAGUACUCUUAUCCCCUUGAUGGAGUAUAUGGCUCGGGAACACCCGACCCACAGACUCCUACUACACCAAUGGAGGCCCAACCGGCCCAGGAAGCUCAACAGGCCCAAAUCACGGCGCCCAGAGGCCCAAUACGCACCAGGGGUGCCUUCGGCCCCCUGACCGAAGGCUCCAAACUAUCACAACGUGGAUAUUUCGAACAAACAGAGGAACUGGGAGAAAACGGCGAAAAUAGCAGCCCUCGACACCUGGAGCCCUCGGCACCCAGAGGUCCUCGGCACUAGGAGCCCUCGACCAUCCUUUGCAGCCGAGGGCACCUCUCCCGACAUGAGAUCCGCGUCACAUGCGUACAGAUCACCAUACCCUGCACAGACGUCCCAUCCAACAGCCGCAUUAAAUGCGGCCACAUGCGGAUGCCAGCGCCAACCAGUUGAGGUGACCUCUCGGCCAAUGGGCGCUUGACACGUGUCCCUGUCCGGCAUUUAUUGCUACUAUAAAUAGCACCCCCUUUUCCCCGUUGUAAACCACGACAUUCAUACUGAAUACACUCUCUCUCUU